AUGGGUGGGCCCCACAUCCUUUCUCUUCAUAGAUCUCCUUCAAAUUACUGGGCAUGGACAGAAUAUAGCGAGUGCAUGAGCAUGAAGAAGAACGAACACUUAGGGGUAUCGGCCGUGAAGAUGAAGAAGAUGAAGACGAGGAAAAGGGUUAGAGAGCCGAGGUUUUGCUUUAAGACGAUGAGUGACGUGGACAUUCUCGACGACGGCUAUAAAUGGAGAAAAUACGGACAGAAAGUUGUUAAGGACACACAACAUCCUAGGUAA